AUGGAGUCUGCUAAAAAGUCUGCUGCUGAAUUUCAGCUUCUAAGACUGGAAGAGAGAAUUGGCAAUGGGGAACAUCAAUUGCUAACAGCCCAGCUGGAUGAGCUUAAGCGACGAUGGGCAACUCCCAGGUGGAAUACGAUCAAACGAUCCUAUACAGCUUACGACGUGGUCACCAAAAGAGGCUCUCUACCAUCGACUUACGACAGCUCAAUAAUGGGUCAGAAGCUUUUCAACCUCAUAAAGAAGCACCAAGCGGCGGGCUCAGCCAUCACGACCUAUGACACAGCUGGCCGGAAACCAAGAAGUGCGUAUGUGUCUGGGUGGACCUGUUCUUCGCUGGCAACGACCACCAAUGAGGUGUCCCCGGACUUGGCAGACUAUCCCUACAACACAGUUCCAGACCAAGUCGAACGGAUCUGGAAGGCCGAGAAACACCAUGAUCGUAAACAGUGGGAUGCUCGAUCUAAGCUCUCUUUGGAGGACAAGAUGAAGACCCCGUACAAAGACUACCUAAUGCCGAUUGUCGCUGACGGCGAUGCAGGUCAUGGUGGCCUAACGACAGUGAUGAAGCUUGCCAAAUUGUUUGCAGAAAGUGGUGCUGCGGCCUUCCACAUCGAAGAUCAGCUCCAAGGUGCUAAGAAGUGCGGCCAUCUUGCCGGGAAAGUCGUCGUAUCGACGAGUGAGCAGAUUGAUCGCUUAGUCGCGGCCCGAUUCCAAUUGGACGUGAUGAACGCAGAACUGUUGCUGAUGGCACGGACAGACUCGUUUGGCGCACGACUUAUCAACAGUACAGUGGAUGUUCGUGACCACGAGUUUAUCCUUGGUGUCACAGAUGCAUCGUUGUCGCCGCUCGCUGAGGAUCUGUCUACGAUGGAAGCAGAUGGAGUCGCUAAAGCCACAAUUGACGCUUUCGAGUCUUCCUGGCUCGAAACGGUUAGACUGGUCACAAUCGACGAAGCCGCAGUAGAGCAUUUGACCCGGCAUGGUGCCAGCCAGCAGGACAUUGAUGCUUACGUUUCCGAGGUCCAGACUUCACCCAACACAUCUAUGACGGCACGACGACAGCUUGUCCAGAAGCUGGUGAAUCAGCCGUUUUACUUCUCUUGUGAAGUUCCUCGAACUCGCGAAGGAUUCUACCGGUUUCGAGGCUCUCUGGAAACUGUGACAAAGCGCCUGCUUGCCUUUGCACCGUAUGCGGAGCUCCUUGCCGCCGAAACAUCCACUCCUGACCUAGCGGUUGCCCGUCAGCUUGCCCACCCCAUCAAACAGGCCUAUCCAGAUAGAGGUCUUGUUUACAACUUGAGCCCAUCUUUCAAUUGGGAUGGGGUGAUGUCGCUGGAAAAGUUGAAAGACUUCACGACAGACCUUGCUCAGUGUGGAUAUGUUCUCCAAAUCGUGGCACUGGGAGGCUUUCACUCGACAGCCAGAAUGAUAGCGGAGCUGUCUAACCGCUUCAAAGAUGAAGGAAUGUUGGCGUAUGUGGAACUUAUCCAGCGACCUGAGAGGCAGCUGAAGGCCGAUAUCUUGACUCACCAAAAAUGGAGCGGCAUAGAAUACUAUCAGGGGAUUCUAGAUUCAAUACGCAGUGGCAAUAGCUCGAUGAAGAUGACCGGCGCUGAUAGCACCGAGCAUCAGUUCUAA